CUUUCCUACCUUUGUGAUCUUUUGAUCAUUUUGCAGUCACGUCUUAGAUGCCCAGCCAUGCCCAGCACUGCCAUCGCUGGGAACCGAUACGCAGCUCUGCUGUCAGAGAGUGGCAGCGACGAUGCAGCUGAGCCGCGGACGGCCAAGAAGGUCAAAGCCAAACGAAAGGUCAAAAGAAAGGCGCCGGUGGAGGUGCCACCAGAAGGGUCGGAAGCCAUGGUGCAAUCCGCAUUUGAACCUUCACCAAGUCGACCAAAUCGGAAGCGAAAGAAAGGUGGGACUGAAGGAGACAAGCAAGCAGAUGGAGCCCAGAAGCUGGAGGAGGAUGGAGCCCAGGAGAAGCACGAGACCGGUGACCAACAAGGUCCUUUGCCCCUUGGGGCUGAAAAGACACUUCCUGGUGGUGUGACAAUCAAGGUCUUGAGAGCUGCUCCAGCGGAUGCGGUCAUUGCCACCAAGGGUUGCGAGGUUCGAUUGAUUUACGAGGGCCGCUUGGCAAAGAACAAUCGGCGCUUUGACAAUGGUGAAAUUGACUUCCUGCUGGGUGAUGGGACUAUGCUUCCUGGCUUUGCCAAAGGGGUCAGCGGCAUGGGCGUGGGGGAGAGACGUUUGAUUCACAUCCCUUGGAAGUUGGGCUAUGGCAAGAAAGGGAAGAAACCAAAGAUCCCUCCGAUGAGCGACUUGGACUUCGAUGCGUCUCUGACCUUCUGCGGAGUCGAUUGGAAGGAGCGCUCGAAUCGAUCUGAAAUGUCGAACAAGCGCAGAGAAGCUGCGAAGCGCAGGGGCAAAAAGCCCAGACCCACGUGACAGUUGCG